GGCAUCCGACUGGAAACUGGACCAUCCGGACUGGACAGGACGGCUUCGUGUCACUUCCAAAGGCAAAACUGCAUACAUAAAACUGGAGGAUAAGGUUUCAGGAGAACUCUUCGCCCAGGCUCCUAUAGAUCAAUACCCUGGCAUUGCAGUGGAGACGGUGACUGAUUCCAGCCGCUAUUUUGUCAUUCGAAUUCAGGAUGGGACUGGACGAAGUGCUUUUAUAGGCAUUGGUUUCACGGAUCGUGGUGAUGCCUUUGACUUCAGCGUCUCUUUGCAGGAUCACUUCAAGUGGGUGAAGCAGGAGACUGAGAUCUCCAAGGAGUCCCAGGAAGCUGACACGCGUCCCAAGUUAAACUUAGGGUUUAAGGAAGGACAAACCAUCAAACUGAACAUUGGGAACAUGACGACAAAGAAAGCAGGAGCGGCCAAGCCACGUGUGUCUGGAUUGGGUGGCCUAAGCCUGCUGCCACCCCCACCAGGAGGCAAAACUGCAGUCCCUCCUCCUCCCCCUUCUUCCACAGCCAUUGCCAAUCAUGUCACACCACCACCCGUGCUGAAAUCCAGUAAUGUCAGCAGUGCAGAUAUUCUGUUAGACUUAGAUGCUCCUGCAUCUGUAUCCAGGACACCAGCAUCAGCUACCACAGACCUCUGGGGAGACUUCAGCACUGCAUCCAGUGCUGUUCCUAAUCAGACUCCUCAGCAGUCCAACUGGGUCCAGUUCUGA